AUGGACAUGUUUAAUAGAAUCAAGAGUGCCGUAAGUAGUGCGUUACCUGGCAACCCGCUCCAGCGUGAUUUUGAUACCCAUUCUCAGAUUGGUAGUGGAGGUCCGGGUUUACUCUGGAAGAUAUAUAGUGGUGUAAAACGAACAACAAAACAGGAAGCAUCAAUAUUUGUUUUAGAGAAGAAAGUUUUAGAGAGAUAUUCACGACGUGAUCGGGAGAGAAUUCUAGAAUCUUUACGACGUGGUGUAUCCCAGUUAACAAGACUUCGGCAUCCUAAAAUACUCUCAGUUUUACAACCCUUAGAGGAGUCGAGGGAGUAUUUAGCAUUUGCAACAGAACCUGUGUUUGCAAGUUUAGCCAAUGUUUUAGGAAACCACGAGAAUAUUACACCUGUACCUAAAGAAUUACAAGAAUAUAAAUUAUUUGAGGUUGAAAUACGACAUGGCCUUUUACAGGUGAUUGAAGGAAUAUCUUUUCUACAUAACGAUGCCAAAAUAAUGCACCAUAACAUCUGUCCAGAAUCAAUCAUGUUAAAUAAGAAUGGUUCCUGGAAAUUAUCAGGGUUUGAUUUCUGUUUGUUAAAUACCAACCCUUCAGAGCAGGCUAUAAAUCCGCCAGUGGCCCAAUCUAAUCUGGACUUCUUAGCACCAGAAUAUACAUUAACUAUGACAUGCAGUCCUGCUAGUGACAUGUAUUCACUGGGUGUUCUCAUCUAUUCUAUUUUUAACAAUGGAAAACCCCUGUUUGAAUGUCAAGGUCAAUUAUCAACAUUCCAGAAAAAUGCGGAAGAGUUACGUCACCUAAGAAGUACUCUAUUAGGACGUGUACCAGACGAACUACGAGAUUAUGUUAAAUUGAUGUUAAAUAUUGAACCAUCAGUUAGACCUGCUCCUGAACAAAUUACUAAGGUAUCAUUUUUUGGAGAUGUUGGUUCCAUGACCCUGCAAUAUUUAGACACAUUAUUUCAAAGGGAGAAUUUAGAAAAAUCACAGUUUUUUAAAGGAUUACCAAAAAUUAUUGCCAAAUUUCCUGUGCGAGUGAAUCAGCAGCGUAUUCUACCAGCAUUAUAUACAGAAUGUAACAAUAACAAUAUGAUUCCCUUCGUAUUACCCACCAUUUUACUGGUGGCUGAACAGUCGUCUGAUAAAGAUUAUGUACGAUUGAUUUUACCUCAACUUAUUCCUAUGUUUACUAUUAAAGACCCCAUGCAGGUGUGCCUGAUAUUUCUACAGAAUAUGAAUUUGUUAUUGAGUAAAACACCCCAGAAUGACAUAAAAACCCAUGUUUUACCCAUGAUUAACCAGGCCCUAGAAUCUGAUAACUCACAGAUACAGGAAUUGUGUUUGAAUAUAAUUCCAACAUUUGCAGAGUUGAUAGAAUAUACAUCUUUAAAAAAUUCAGUGAUACCUAGAAUUAAGAAAUUAACUUUAAAAACUUCUGUUUUAGCUGUAAGAGUGAACUGUUUACUGUGUUUAGGACAAAUGUUAGAACAUAUGGAUAAAUGGUUCGUUAUUGACGAUAUUCUGCCUUUAUUACCCACAAUUCCUACACGAGAACCAGCGGUUUUGAUGGGAAUAUUAGGUAUAUAUACAGUAGCAUUUAGCCAUGAUAAACUAGGAUUGACUAAAGAUGUAAUGUCCAACAAAAUACUACCCUAUUUAAUACCAGUUUCCAUGGAUAAUAAUCUAAACUUACAACAGUUCAAUGCCUACAUGGCUCUAGUGAAAGAAAUGUUACAAAAAAUAGAAACAGAACAAAGAACAAAGUUAGAACAACUAGAUCAGAUGAAACAAGAACAGAAGUAA